AUGGCCCAGCAGAGGCGAAGCACAGCUCAGUGUCCUUGCUACACAGAACCACAAAAUCUAACAGGUGUCUCAGAAUUCCUCCUGAUGGGGCUCUAAGAUGAUCCAGAACAGCAGCCCCUCCUCUAUGGGCUAUUCCUGUCCAUGUACCUGGUCACGGUACUGGGGAACCUGCUCAUCAUCCUGGCCAUCAGCUCUGACUCCCACCUGCGCACCCCCAUGUACUUCUUCCUCUCCAACCUGUCCUUGGCUGACAUCGGUUUCAUCUCCACCUCAGUCCCCAAGAUGAUUGUGGACAUCCAAACUCACAGCAGAGUCAUCUCCUAUGCGGGCUGCCUGACUCAGAUGUCUUUUUCAAUCCUUUUUGCAUGUAUGGAUGACAUGCUCCUGACUGUGAUGGCCUAUGACUGGUUUGUGGCCAUCUGUCACCCCCUGCAAUACCCAGUCAUCAUGAACCCACGACUCUGUGGCUUCUUAGUUUUGGUGUCUGUUUUUCUUAGCUUUUUAGUAUCCCAGGUGCACAAUUUGAUUGCCUUACAGUUUACUUGCUUCAAAGACACAAAGAUUUCUCAUUUCUUCUGUGACCCUUCUCAAAUCCUCACCAUUGCUUGUUCUGACACUUCUGUUAAUAACAUAGUUGUAUAUUUCUUUGCUGCCAUAUUUGGUUUUCUUCCCAUCUCAGGGAUCUUUUUCUCUUACUAUAAAAUUGUUUCCUCCAUGCUGAGAAUUCCAUCAUCAGGUGGGAGGUAUAAAGCCUUCUCCACCUGUAGCUCUCACCUGGCAGUUGUUUGCUUAUUUUAUGGAACAAUCUUUGGAGUGUACCUCAGUUCAGCUGUGUCCUCUUCCCCCAGAAAGGGUGUGGUGGCCUCAGUGAUGUACACAGUGGUCACCCCCAUGCUGAACCCCUUCAUCUACAGCCUGAGAAACAGGGACAUUAAAAGUGCCCUGUGGAGGUUGCACAGCAGAAUAGUCAAAUAUCUUUGUUGGAUUCAUCCUUUCUGUUAUGUGGGCUAG